AUGGCCUUUGAUCUUCCGAAAAUUGCCAGGUCGAGCUUCGGCGACCUUUUUCGGACUGCCCAUGUCUGGGCCGAUGAUCAAUUUGCUUACAUCUACUUGGGUGUAAUCAUAGGUUUGGCCUCGUAUCUCCGAUGUCACUAUCGUGAGCCAUCUCUGCGAGGUUUUCUUAUGCUUCUAGCCUUGUGCCAGGUUUUACAAGCAGGCAUUUUCAUAGGUUUGGGGAGACACAGGACUCCUUACGGUGCUUUUCAGGCGAUCAUCGUUUACAACAUUGUCCUCUCGAUAACCUUUGGAACUUCAUUGGUCGUUUAUCGGCUUUUCUUGAAUCCUCUCAGAAGCUUCCCAGGCCCUAUUUUAGCUCGACUAUCCAAAGGGGCAGCGGUUUGGGAAGCGAUUGAUGGGAACACACAUCUCUGGCUUGAAACCCUGCAUAAACAGUAUGGAGACGUGGUACGAGUUGCGCCAAAUGAACUAUCGUACUGCAAUGUGGAAUCAAUUACAGAGAUUCAUGGGGCUCAAUCCUCGAAGAUAGCCAAGGGUCCAUGGUAUGACGGUGUGCCCAACGUAGAGGUCAAGAGCAUGGCAACCGAGAGGGACCUUGCGGAACAUAAAUACCGGCGGAGGAUUUGGGACAGGGGAUUCAGCCCCAAGGCUUUGGUUAGCUACGAACCCCGAAUCCAGCAACACACGAAUACUCUGUCAAAACAACUUCGAGCUCGUGCAGGCGAGGUCAUCAAUUUUAGCGAAUGGUGUGACUAUUUUGCCUUCGAUGUCAUGGGUGAUCUUGGCUUUGGGGAAGACUUUCACAUGCUCGUCGAGGCAAAACCCCACCCUUACAUGGUUUUCAUGCAUCAGAGCCUUCGAUUGCUCACCAUCCUUGGUCACGUACCAUGGAUGAAGACAAUAUUACCGUGGGCACCUGUGGACGCUCAAACCAAGAGGGACGGCAAGGACUUUGUAAGAAUCAGUGCAGAAAGAUUCCAAAAAAGGCGCAAGGAAGGUUCCAACCGCGCUGAUGUUUUCUCUUACCUACUCGCGGACAAUGUGGAGGUUUCGAGGAAACUGACUGAUGCGGAACUCGAAGCUGACGCCGGCACUGUCAUUGUGGGGGGUGCAGACACCACAGCUGUGUGUCUGACAUUCUUGUUCUAUCUUCUCGUCAAGAACCCGGAAACAUUACGCAGGCUUCAAGAGGAAGUCGAUGAACUUUGGGACGGCAGCACACCCCAGACGGGUGCAUUAUGGGCGCAGGCUAAAUAUCUCAACGGCGCCAUUAAUGAAUCACUCCGGUUAUACCCUCCUGGCCCAAACGGCAUGCAAAGGACUACACCCAAAGGUGGGUGUUUUAUUCUAGGAGAAUAUCUCCCAGAGGGCACACAGUUGAGCGUACAUGGCUGGAGUAUCCACAGGGAUGAACGAUAUUUCUCCAAUCCGACAGAAUUCGUGCCCGAGCGAUGGAUUGAUGAAAAGAGACCAAAGGAUUUUCGCCAUGAAACCCGUGCGUUCAUUCCAUUCAGUGUGGGACAGUAUGGAUGUGUUGGCAAGGGGCUGGCACUGCUGGAAAUGCGCUUCUUCGUCGCUGAGCUUGUAAAAAGGUUUGACAUUUCUUUGGACAUCUCACACGACGAAGAAGCUUUCCAGAGAGCCGUUCGUUCAAACCUUGCUCUGCUGAAAGGAAGACUGCCGCUCAUUUUCACUGAGCGAGCAGGAAAAUAA